AUGUAUUCAAGCACACCCCUAUAUAAAACAAAAUUCUCUACUACAUUUCUUACACAAUCUCAUCUCAUUCACCGCAUACAAAGAAACCUAUCUAACAUGGAAACACUUAAGAAACAUCUCAUUGUAACUCUUUUUGUGAUUUUGGUCAUGAGCAAUGUGUCUCUAACAAGAUCAAAGAAGAGUGAGAAUGAGAAGAUUAGUUACAUAGUACAUGUUGCCAAAUCCAAAAUGCCAGCAAGCUUCGAUCACCAUUCAAUCUGGUAUGAAUCAAUUCUUAAGUCGGUAUCCGAGUCAGCAGAAAUGCUCUACACUUAUAAUAAUGCAAUUAAUGGAUUCUCAACAAGUUUGACAGUUGAAGAACUUCAGUCACUAAAGACCCAAGUUGGGAUUCUAAAGGUGACACUAGAUAGAAAAUACAAACUUUUCACAACUCGAACACCUAAAUUCCUUGGGAUCGAUAAAAUAUAUCGUACAUUUCCCACAACAAACAAAAGUAGUGAUAUAAUUGUGGGACUCCUCGACACAGGUGUAUGGCCUGAAAGCAAGAGCUUCGAUGAUACUGGAUACGGGCCAAUUCCCAGGACUUGGAAAGGAAAAUGUGAAAUAGGUAUCAAUUUCACGGCCUCAAAUUGUAAUAAGAAAUUGAUUGGUGCGAGGUUCUAUGCAAAGGGAUUCGAGGCAUCUGUUGGUUUGAUUAAUGAAACCAUCGAGUCUAGGUCCCCUCGAGAUGAUCAUGGACAUGGAACCCAUACAGCGAGCACAGCUGUAGGAUCUCCAGUGGGGAAUGCAAAUUUUUUCGGCUACGCCAAUGGGACAGCACGUGGGAUGGCUGUUGGGGCUAGAGUUGCUAUCUAUAAGGUUUGUUGGGGAGGAUGUUUUGCUUCUGAUAUAUUGGCUGCAAUUGAUCAAGCAAUUGUCGACAAAGUCAAUAUUCUUUCUUUGUCUUUAGGAAGUGGCCCAAAGCAAUAUUUUGAUGACAACAUUGCAAUUGGAGCCUUUGCAGCAAUGGAACAUGGGAUUCUCGUUUCAUGUGCUGCAGGAAACAAUGGUCCUUUCCGUUCAACUGUCACAAAUAUAGCACCUUGGAUUACCACUGUAGGUUCUGGCACACUCGAUCGAGAUUUUCCAGUAUAUGUUCGUCUUGGAAAUAGAAAAAAAUACUUUGGUGCAACCUUUUCUAAUGUUAGUUCUUUUCCCAAUACUCUAUUGCCAUUCAUAUAUGCUGGAAAUGCAAGCAAUGAUGAAGGAAAAGGUCUUGGUACAUGUCUUCCAGGCAGCUUAAAUUCAGAGAAGGUAUCCGGAAAGAUUGUGUUGUGUGAUCGUGGAGAGAUUUCAAGAAUUGAGAAAGGAAAUAUAGUAAAAUCCGUUGGUGGUUUGGGUAUGGUACUAGCUAACACUAUGGAAAACGGAGAAGAAACGGUGGCAGAUGCCUACUUUAUGCCAGCAAUUAAUGUGGGCUAUAAAGAUGGUGAAGCUAUCAAAAAAUACUUAUUUUCUAAUCCAAAACCGAUGGGUAAAAUUGUGUUUCGGGGAACAAGGAUUGGGGUUAAGCCGUCGCCUGUUGUUGCAAAGUUAAGCUCACGAGGCCCCAAUUCAAUAACCCCGCAAAUAUUGAAGCCUGAUUUAAUUGCACCAGGUAUUAAAAUCUUAGCAGCAUAUACAGGGAAUGUGAGUCCCACAUAUUUGGUUUCAGAUCCUAGGCGCGUAGAUUUCUACCUUUUGUCAGGCACAUCAAUGGCAUGCCCUCAUGUAAGCGGAUUAGCGGCUUUGAUCAAGUCAGUUCAUCCAGAAUGGAGCCCAGCUGCCAUUCGAUCUGCAUUAAUGACAACAGCAUAUACAACUUACAAGAACAAUCAAACAUUAUUGGAUGAGGCAAGCAAAAAUCCAGCAACUCCAUUUGAUUUUGGUGCUGGACACGUCAACCCUAUUUCCGCACUAAAUCCUGGACUUGUCUAUGAUUUGACAGUGGAUGAUUAUUUGAGCUUUCUAUGUGCAUUGAACUACUCAAAUGCUAAUAUUGAAAUCGUGGCGAGGAGAAAGUACACAUGCGACCCAAAGAAACAAUACAGUAUAACAGACCUUAAUUACCCUUCGUUUGUUGUGGUAUUCGAGGGCGGACAUAGUGUAGAGGAGAUUAAAUAUACGCGAACUCUUACCAAUGUGGGUUCUGCAAGAACAUACAAGGUAUCUGUUAAGUCGGAUGCUCCAUCUGUUAAGAUCUCAGUUGAACCAGAAGUGUUAAGUUUCAAGAGAAAUGAGAAAAAAUUAUACACAGUGACAUUUACGACAUCUGGUUCGAAACCAAAUGGUACUCAAAGUUUUGGAAGGUUGGAAUGGUCUAAUGGAAAAAUUGUUGUUAAAAGUCCUAUAGCGUUUAUUUGGAAAUUAAACUGA